AUGAUCAAAGACGAUAUAUUAGAAAAUGAUGAGAAUGAUCUAGAACAUGAUGUUAUAGAAAAUUCGACAAGACAUCAACCGCCUAUGGUUGAUGUACUAUCAAUUGAUAAUGAAUUAUCAACACCAAAAUAUCGUUUUAAAAAAAAUGAACAUUAUCUAUGCUACCAUGGUCUAUUACUCUAUGAAGCAAAAUGUAUUGAUCAGAGAAUGAAAGAUAAUUAUCGUCCAGAAUAUAAGCUACAUUAUUGUGGUUGGUCAACAAAUUGGGAUGAAUGGGUUGAUGAACAACGUUUAGUUAAAAUUGAUGAUGAUGGUCGAAAGAGACAACAACAAUUAUUAGCACAACAUGGAAAAGGUCGAGCACGAUUACAAAAUAAACGAACAGUUGCUGUCUAUCCAAAUGGUAAACGUACUAUUAGUCGUUCAAUAUCAUCAACUCAAACACAUAAUAAUAUUGAUUCAUCUCCAUCGUCGAUGAGUCCAACAAGAAUAACGGCAACAACAAAUGAUGAAAGAACACCAUCUUUAUCAAGUCGUACUGGUGGUGGUGAUGAUUAUUAUCAGUCAGAUACGGGUAGUAGUGAAGUGACAUCUAAAACAAGUGAUAUUGGUGUGGAAUCUAUUAAUGAACUUGAACAACCACCAACAAAAAAAUUUAAACGAACAAAAAAAAUCAAGAAUGAUAAAAAGUCAGAUAUUGAUACAUCAUCGUUAAAAUCUAUGUCAAAUGGUAUUCAUAAUCAUCUAAACGAUAUUAGUGAAGAACAACAACAAUCUUUUCGUUAUGGUACAUCAUUAUCGUGUGAUCUAUCAUUAGAAAAAAAUAAAUCACCAUCAUCCACGACAUCAUCGUCUCGUUAUGAACGUGGUCAGUCACUUGCCACUGUUAAUAAUCGAACAAACAAUAAUCAGUUUUCAAAACAAUUAAAAUUAUCAUCAAAUGAAUUAGCUAAUCAAUUAGUUCGACGUUAUUAUGAUUAUAAUAUUGAUUGGAUUAAAUUUCCCAUUGAACUUGUAGAAAUUUUGGUAAAUGAUCGUGAUCAUAUCACAGAACAAAAUCAUCUUGUUAUUAUACCACCAAGAAAAGAUUAUUUAAAUAUUAAACAAAUAUUUGAAGAUUAUUUACAAUUACAAAUAAAUGAGUGUACACUUGCACAAGUAGUGCAAAUUAAACAUUUUAUAACAUCUAUAAAAGAAAUGUUUAAUAUAGCACUUUCAAAAUCAUUACUAUAUAGAUUUGAACGUUUACAAUUGAAAGAAAUACUUGAAACUCAUCCAUCACCAAUACAAUUAUGCGAUAUAUACAGUUCAUUUCAUUUAUUAAGAUUUUUUUGGCGAAUUAAAGAUUAUUUACGUUUGAUGAUGCCAAAAUCUGGUGUUGGUGGUGAUGAUGAUGAAUAUUCAAUUUUAUUAGGACGUAUACAACAUUUUAUCUACUAUAUGGAAAAAAAUAGAGAAAAAUUAUUUGAUUACAAUGAAUAUGAUAUAAGUACAUCAGAAUAUUUGAGAAGUUUUUUAACCUAUUUUGAUUAG